AUGGCGCUGCAGAAUAUGACGCAUAUGUUGGUGAGCUUUGUCAUAAGUAGCUAUAAUUCUAGGGGUAGAGUCAGCUUUAGUCCUAAUUUUGGGGACAAGAAGUUGACUAAGAACAUAAUCAAGUACGACUUGUCAAUAUUUGAACUGAACAUAGACUGGAUGAAAUGUCGACAAGAUCUGAAUGUAGUAAACCUUUUGAAAAUAAAUCUAAGAAAAUUUACCAAGGGGAAAGAUCAUUUACAUGUUCAGAAUAAAUCAUAUCUUCUUGAUCAUCAAAGAAUUCACACAGGAGAGCAGCUAUAUUCAUGCUCGGAAUGUAAGAAGAGUUUUAGUCGGAAAUCAGAUCUUGUUAUUCAUCAGAGAACUCACACAGGAGAGAAGCCAUUUUCAUGCUCAGAAUGUGAUAAGUGUUUUAAUCAGAAAUCACAUCUUGUUCGACAUGAGAGAAUUCACACAGGAGAGAAGCCAUAUAUAUGUCCUGAAUGUGAGAAGUCUUUUAGUGAUAAAUCAAGUCUUGUUAAACAUCAGAGAACUCACACAGGAGAGAAGCCAUUUUCAUGUUCAGAAUGUGAGAAAUCUUUUGUCAGAAAAGGACACCUUGAUGCACAUCAAAGAACUCACACAGGAGAGAAGCCUUAUUCAUGUUCUGAAUGUGAAAAGUGUUUUAGUGAGAAAUCAAGUCUUGUUCAACAUCUGAGAACUCACACAGGAGAGAAGCCAUAUUCAUGUCCUGAAUGUGAAAAGUGUUUUAUUAAGAAAUCAUAUCUUCUUGAUCAUCUAAGAAUUCACACAGGAGAGCGGCUAUAUUCAUGCUCGGAAUGUAAGAAGAGUUUUAGUCGAAAAUCAGAUCUUGUUAUUCAUCAGAGAACUCACACAGGGGAAAGGCCGUUUAUUUGUCCUGAAUGUGAGAAGAGUUUUACUCUGAAAACAAAUCUUGUAGAUCAUCAUAGAACUCACACAGGAGAGAAGCCAUUUUCAUGCUCAGAAUGUGAUAAGUGUUUUAAUCAGAAAUCACAUCUUGUUCGACAUCAGAGAACUCACACAGGAGAGAAGCCAUAUAUAUGUCCUGAAUGUGAGAAUUCUUUUAGUGAUAAAUCAAGUCUUGUUAAACAUCAGAGAUUUCACACAGGAGAGAAGCCAUUUUCAUGUGUUGAAUGUAAGAAAUGCUUUAGUUGGAAACCAAAUCUUGUUCGACAUCAGAGAACUCACACAGGAGAAAAGCCAUAUUCAUGUCAGGAAUGUGAAAAGUGUUUUAGUAAGAAAUCAAAUCUUGUUCAACAUGAGAGAACU